ACUGAAAGGACAUCAAUACAGGCUCUACAUGAACUUUAUGAUCUUUCAAGGCUAAGAGAAUAUCAAAGUCCAGGUGAUGCAGAUGUGAGCCAUCUAUGUGAGCCCUAGCCCCACCGGGUAUAAAUGACACAGGCUGGAGACUCUUCAGCACAAGAACGCAGAAGGGAAGCUCUGCAAAGGACAGCACAUACAACUGGAGGAAGAAUACAGAGGGGAAUAUUGCUGACAGACAAGAGAAGAUGGACCUCACUUCAACUCUCUCACUGGAAACCUGGGUGUUCCUGGCAAUCAGUUUGAUGCUUCUAUAUGUGCAAGGUCUCUUAGAAUACCAGCUCUCUCUGACAUCACUAGUUUGACUGGCCAGCUUCAUUCCGGACUCCCUCAUCUCUGCCUUCUGCAAGUGGGGAUACUUGACAACUUUAACCACUGCCUGGCAUUUACACAGAUAAUGGGAAUCCAAACUCUAAUACUUACGAUGAUGUCUCUUCCCACUGACCAUCUCCACAGCUCCCAUUGUCAACUUUCCCCAUAUUUAUUAAUUUUGGGGGUUUAUGGAAAUUCGAUGUCGAGUGUUCUGAAAAGUAUGGGAAAAUAUGGGGGUUGUUUGAUGGUCCAACACCCCUGUUAACUAUCAAAGAUCCAGACAUGAUCAAGAAUGUACUUGUGAAGGAAUCCUAUUCUGUCUUCACAAACCUAAGGGAUAUGGGCCCAGUGGGAAUAAUGAGUAAAAGUCUAACCAUAUCUAAGGAUGAGGAGUGGAAGAGAUUUCAAGCCUUGCUAUCUCCCGCCUUCUCCAGUGGAAAAAUCAAAGAGAUGUUCCCCAUCAUUGAAGAGUAUGGAGAUAUUUUGGUAAAAUACUUGAGAAAAGAGGCAGAGAAAGGCAAGCCUCUCAACAUGAAAGAAGUGUUUGGGGCCUACCGCAUGGAUGUCAUCAUGAGCACAGCAUUUGGUGUGAGCAUCGAUUCCCUGAACAACCCAAAGGACCCUUUUGUGGAAAAGACCAGGAAGUUCUUCAAAAUAAAUUUCUUUGACCCGUUUAUCUUUUCACUAAUACUCUUUCCAUUCCUCAUCCCAAUAUAUGAGAUGUUAAAUUUCUCCAUGUUUCCAAAGGACACAAUAGCAUUUUUCCAAAAAUUUCUGGGCAGAAUGAAAGAAAAUCGCCUGGAUUCUAAACAGAAGCACCGAGUGGAUUUUCUUCAGCUGAUGAUUAACACACAAAAUAAUUCCAAAGACAAAGUGUCUCAUAAAGCUCUGUCUGACAUGGAGAUUGUAGCCCAUUCAAUUGUCUUCAUUUUGGGGGGCUAUGACACCACCAGCAGCACACUUGCCUUCGCCAUGCAUUCACUGGCCACUCACCCUGAUAUCCAGAAGAAACUGCAAGAAGAGAUCGAUAUGGCUCUUCCCAAUAAGGAACCUCCAAACUAUGAUAAAGUGAUGGAGAUGGAGUACCUCGACAUCGUGCUGAAUGAAACCCUCAGAGUAUACCCAAUUGGUAUUAGACUGGACAGAGUCUGUAAACAAGAUGUGGAAAUUGAUGGUGUACUUUUUCGCAAAGGGUCUGUAGCGGUUAUACCAGUUUAUGCUCUUCACCACGACCCACAGUACUGGCCAGAGCCGGCAGAAUUCCGCCCUGAAAGGUUCAGCAAGGAAAACAAGGGCAACAUCAAUCCUUAUGUAUAUAUGCCCUUUGGUAAUGGACCCAGGAACUGCAUUGGCAUGAGGUUUGCUCUCACGAACAUGAAACUUGCUCUCACUAAAGUCCUGCAGAACUUCUCCUUCCAGCCUUGUAAGGAAACACAGAUCCCUAUGAAAUUAAGCGGAUCAAUACUGCUUCAACCAGAAGAACCCAUUGUUCUAAAGGUUGUACCAAGGGAUGCAAUCAUAACGGGAGUGUGAUUUUCCAUCAAGUGGCUCUGCUGUGUUAUUCAAGAAGCUGAAACUUAAGAGCAUUAGAAAAUUUAGUUUACUUCAUGAAUAAAACCCAAGAGAAGAUAAUGUUUAACUGAGUGGCCUUGAGCGAGCAUUAUGAGGUUUCAUACAUCCAUUGAGCUUUCUCAGUGUCAAUACUCAGUGUAAUGAAAAAUGACUAAGUAAUGACAAAUGAGUAUAAUGACAAAUGAGAAAUUUAUUUCCUCUGGUCAUCAUGGUACCACAUCAAUCCACAUCUGGUUGGCUCCAUCUAUUCUUUUAGCCCUUUACCUUGCUUCUGCAAUUUGAUCAAUAAUACAUUUUUUUGUGAAAAUGUGAAGCACUGUGACUUCUCUUAUUAUAAAAUUGAUACCAUAUGUUUUAAUUGCAAUAUUCUACAAUAAAUGUUACACUUAAAAUAUAAACAUCUCUUUUAAUAAAUAAAAUUAUUUGCUUGUU